AUGGGAAGCGUAUUCUUGCCGCAUCUGCGAACAGGUUGGCAUGUCGAUCAAGCUAUCGUUACUGAGCAAGAACGUUUGGUGGUUAUUAGAUUUGGUAGAGACUGGGAUAAAGAUUGCAUGUUGAUGGAUGAAGUGCUGUACUCCAUCGCUGAGAAAGUAAAAAAUUUUGCCGCGAUAUACAUCUGUGACAUCGAUGAAGUGCCUGAUUUCAAUGAAAUGUAUGAACUAUAUGAUCCGAUGACAGUAAUGUUCUUUUAUCGAAAUAAGCACAUGAUGUGUGAUUUUGGUACUGGUAAUAACAAUAAAAUGAAUUUUGUAGUAGAAGACAAACAAGAAAUGAUAGACAUUCUAGAAACAAUCUUCAGAGGGGCUAGAAAGAAUAAAGGGCUGGUGGUAUCACCUUACGAUUACAGCAGCAAAAGAAUAUGA